AUGCAAUAUGGCAUAUAUCAGACUGGCAGUUAAUCGUCCAGUAGUACGACCGGCCAAUAGUCCGAAUAGAUGUAUUCUCAUAAUAGCUUCAAUACUUGGAUUUUACAGUUUGCACACGGCCUACAAAAUUAACCAUCUCUGCCCCAAGGAUGCCUGCGCAUCCGUACUUAGUCCCAGUUUAGUUACCGCCGGCGCUAAGCCCGCUUAUGGACACCCAUGCUUUCAUUACAGGAACCUAAAACAUGCCUUAUCAUAUGAGUCUAGGGUUGUGUUUUAGAACGAGCUAUGCAUCGGCAACCGUGCUAUUCAUAAACUUAAUGCUUGUCUUUUUGUUCUAUGGGACCCUGACGCUAGCUCUUGGCCAGGUUGCAUUAGAUUCUUCGCUCUACUAUCUGGGCACACAGGUAGAUGGAAUCCUACGACCCACUGCCAGAACAAUACAGUGGUCGACAAGCCAUAAAUCCACUGCUUGGCUCGUGAGGUAGCUGGUAGCCGACGAUACGACAAUGGUUAAUAGUCGUCGUUAGUCGGGUCGCUGUGUCGUGCCUGGAGCAUGCUGCUUGAGCCCGCGGGAACCUCGAUGGGCCCCAAACUCCAAACAGGGGCUUCACUGGGCCAACUUUAGCGAUGGAGAUUGCAAAGUCACCGAAUGCAACGAAUCAACAUGCACUAUCCUCUGGCUUUGAUUGUGUCGUCAUUCCUUGUCCUGAAUUCAGCGACACCUGCCGUCACAAGCGCAGCCAUUCGCUGGACCUUGUUUAUCUCAUCUUGCAACUGCUCAUAUAGCUGGGCCGAUGAGUUUAGUGCGCUCAAAACAAUGAUUUGCAGUAUUCCAUAUAAUAGCUGUGCAAAUUGCAGUGAUAGAAGCUCGUUUCCGAUUGGCUGAGUCUCCUUCUCGAUCAAGUUAGUAGCAGUCGCCCAUUCAACCAGCGAUGCUAAUAUAUUUCUCUUUUCUAACAGAAGCUCGGGGGCAGCUGCGGCCGAUUGUAGUUGGGAAACUUGGUUGAGAAAUGAAAUAACACUUUCCGCAAUUUUUGUUAACUGUGCUUUCAUAUUUGGCACCAGUUUUCGCGCAUGCUGUGUAGCUGGCACGUCUGAAGGUGUCACCUUGACACUUACACCCGCAGCGACAAGGUCUGCAUAUUUGCACGGCGCGGCAAACAACUUUAUGACAAAAAUGUCCAGUAAUGGUAGAACAGGCCAUUGGGCUGGUAUAAAUGACUGCUCUCCUGCGACUUGGUCUCCAAAUCCUGGACGUGCUCGUUGUUCGUGCAUAAUGCGCAAGCCGCCCAUGAUAUGCUGAGCCAUAGCUGAAAAAUUACCACGCGACUGCUCGAUACUAAUAAACAUUUCGCAACAGAGCAGAGCCGAUUUGAUUUCGCUUUGCUCUAUGCCGGAUGAAGAUAAUUUCGAGGCCAGGCCGCCUAAGGCAGUGCAGUACAGUCGAAUUCCCACAUCGUAGCCAGGGCUUGGGGCAUCACCUGCAGUAACAUCUUGACUUGUUUCGAUGCUUUGGCGUAGUUUUCGUAAUGAGGCAACUGCUUGCCGUACAUUCGGGUCAGUAAGACUGGUUUGUAAAAUUUGCUGGGCUUCUUCGGCGCAGUUCAGGGAUACACUGUGGAAAAGAGUCUUGGUAGAAAAGUCUUUGUUUAGGCGCUCGAUAUCUCUGGCAGAGACUGAGUUUUCUCGAGACUCUUGAACUGCAGAUGUACCAGCUGGACUAACUGAAGGCGCCGCCACACCAACAAAUCUAAACAUGCUAUCGUAGCCGUCACAGGUGCGGCCGCUUGCAGUGCACUUCUGGCAUGCUGGCUUGGCUUCAUCGCAUUUGAUUUUGCGCUUUCUAUAGAUGAAAUAUUAGUAUGAGUUACUAUUCUGAAUGGUAUAUACGUUGUCUCGAAUUCUAACGAACCGGCAAGUUACGCAACCAGUCUUCACACCCCGCCUAGCUUUUGGCACAGCGCUAGCGUGCAAAAGGUGACCGGACAUUGCUUGGAGAUGUCAGCCUUGCAGGGCAUUAAACGCCAAAACACAAAGGUUCAUUAGCCACUUCCAACGUUAUCGGUAAUCCUCGUCGGCACGAGAGAGCACGACGCAACAAAAUGUCUCCGCGCGCCGACUCUGAAUGUUGCAGCAUCGGGCUUCGCCUGUACAAUUCGCGACAAGGCUGAAAGGCGAGACUAGUCCCGAUUAGGAAGCGAUGGCGAUGAAGCCAAUCACAGCCUUCAGCGCUGUUGCUCAGUGAGUGACACGCCAUGCAGAUGGGCGUGAAUGGGAUUUCUAAGCGCAUCAUUAGUUUAUAAGCUGAUCAGACUCUUUUUGUUGGCUAUUUAAAGCCUCUCACAUCCUCUAAAGCCCUUUCUUUUUACAUCUCAUCCACUCACACAUGUUCAGGCUCAUCGCUCGCAGACCUAUACUCGCCCACUUACUCUCACCACCAGAACUUCCACUGUACUCCAUCACGCAAAUCUCUAAGCGCUGCUCCUUAUCUUAUUCAUCAACACAAAAAAUGACCGACUUUACACUCUAUGGUGCUCGCGGUUCUAGCAAUGCGGACCGUGUGCGCCUUGUCAUCGCCGAGAGCGGCCUUACCAAUUGCAAGGAAGUUCAAUUGGACUUUGCCAAGCGCGACCACAAAUCUCCCGAAAAUAUGCUGCGCCAUCCCUGGGGAAAGGUGCCCGCCGUCGUAUUCGAAGAUGGCUUUACGCUAUACGAGAGCCGCCCCAUUUGCCAAUACAUUGCACGCAAAUACAAGCUGCCGCUGCUUCCCACAGACGCCGACCCUAAAGCCAUGGCGCUCUUCGAGCAAGCCUCGUCCGUUGAAGCCAAUUACUUCAAUCCGCCAGCGAGCAAAAUCUCUUUCGAGAAGCUAGCAAAGGCGCGAUUCCUUGGUCUGCCUGCGGACGAAGCAGUUGUAGAGGCGGCGGUCAAGGAGCUUGACACAUUCUUCAGCAUCAUUGAAGGGCUCCUCCAGGACAAGCAGUACAUGGCCGGUGACAACUUUUCGCUCGUCGAUAUUUACUAUAUACCUCUGGUGCAAAGGCUGUUCCUGUUCGGGUACUCUGACAUGAUUACCGGCCGCCAGAAUGUGGCGGCGUGGUGGGAGAGAUGUGUAGGCAGACCAGCUAUCAAGGCCGUGAUGGCAGCGGACGCCGCCGCCGCUCCUGGUGCGCCCAAAAAGGACGCUUAGUACCUUCCUGAAUUAUUAGUAUUUGAAUCACAA